GAUGUUACAACAUGCGGAAGAGGAAAUAGCAAGACUACAAAUUUCUUCGGAUGCAAGGGUUGAUAAAACUGUUGUAAAGAAUUUGAUAUUAGGCUACUUGCAUACUCCUGCCUCGAAGCAACCCGAAGUUUUAUUAUUAAUUGGUAAAAUCUUGGGCUUUACGCAAGCCGAACUGGAACAGCUAAGAGCGAAUCAACAGCAUUCGGGAUGGCUAAAAGGAUGGUUUGGAAAUAAGCCUAAGCCCUCAUCUCAAGGUGCUCCAACACCUCCUUCAACUCCCCUAAGGGCAGCUUCAGCGCCACCUCUUGAUCAAUCUCUUUCUCAAUUAUUUGUUAAUUUUCUCGAGAGAGAAUCAACCCCAUUAGGUCCUCCAAUGAAAUUACCUGCCGAACAAAUGGCUUCAGAAGAAUUAUCGAAACCUCGAAGGAUUCCUAAUCCAUUUUCAGCAACCAUUCCAUCUAUGCCAAUAGAAAAUAGAUCUGGUGGACCAACACCACCUUUAUUAUUUAAACCUAUUGACUCUACUCAACGGACACUUAGUCCAAUUCGAAUAGUCGAUUCCCCCAAAAUAACGACGACGACGACGACAAAGAUGACGACGCCGACAACGACGCCGACGCCGACGACUAUAAUGCAAUAG